AUGAUAGCUUCCAGAAGCUCUUUACUAGUUACUAAAUCCCGUCUGCCCUCGCUAUGCUACCCUUUGGUGAGCAGAACCUAUGUGUCAAAAACUCCAACACACUCUAACACAGCAGCUAACCUGAUGGUUGAAACGCCAGCCUCCUCCAACACCAACGGCAACAGCGUGAUGGCGCCUCCGAACUCAAUCAACUUUCUGCAGACACUCCCCAAGAAGGAACUGUUCCAACUGGGGUUCAUCGGUAUUGCGACCUUGAACAGCCUCUUCCUCAACACGAUCAUCGGGUUGUUCCCCUACAUCCCCAUCCCAGUAAUAAAAUUCUUCGUCUCUUCCCUGUACUGCGGUGGUGAAAACUUCAAAGAGGUGAUUGAAUGCGGUGAGCGCCUGCAAAAGAGGGGUAUAUCGAACAUGAUGCUCUCACUAACCAUCGAAAACUCGGAGGGUACUAAGAGUCUCACCGGUGCCUCCGUCGACCACAUUGUUCAGGAAACCAUCAGCUCCGUCCACAACAUUUUACUGCCCAACAUCAUCAACCAACUGGAAUCCAAGCCAGUCAACGACAUUGCUCCCGGUUAUAUCGCUUUGAAGCCCUCUGCUUUGGUGGACAACCCCCACGAAGUCUUGUACAAUUUCAGCAACCCGGCUUUCAAGGCGCAAAGAGAUCAACUGAUAGAUAACUGUUCCAAGAUCACAAAGGUGGUUUUCGAAUUGAACCAAGCCUUGCUGGAAAAAUAUCCUGGAAGGAAAGCUCCCUUCUUGGUCUCCACCAUCGAUGCUGAGAAAUAUGACUUGCAAGAAAACGGGGUCUACGAGUUGCAAAGAAUCCUAUUCCAGAAAUUCAAUCCUGUUUCGUCUAGACUGAUAUCAUGCAUCGGUACGUGGCAGUUAUAUUUAAGAGAUUCCGGUGAUCAUCUUUUGCACGAAUUGAAACUGGCCCAGGAAAAUAGCUAUAGGCUCGGAUUGAAGUUGGUUCGUGGGGCCUAUAUCCAUUCUGAAAAAGACCGUAACCAAAUCAUCUUUGGUGAAAAAACGGACACUGACGAAAAUUACGACCGUGUCAUCACGCAAGUGGUAAAUGACCUAAUUAUUAACGGCGAAGACUCUUAUUAUGGUCACUUGGUCGUCGCCUCUCAUAACUACCAAUCUCAGAUGCUCGUGACCAAUUUGCUAAAAUCUGCUCAAGAUAACUCAUAUGCCAAAUCAAACAUCGUCCUGGGCCAGCUAUUAGGUAUGGCCGACAACGUCACCCACGACCUAAUCACCAACCAUGGCGCCAAGAACAUCAUCAAGUAUGUCCCAUGGGGUCCACCUUUGGAAACUAAGGACUAUCUCUUAAGGAGAUUACAGGAAAACGGGGAUGCUGUGAGAUCUGAUAAUGGCUGGCCAUUAAUCAAGGCCAUAGCAAGGUCGAUUCCCAAAAGAUUAGGUCUGUGA